AUGGCUCCACCUGAGGCUGAGUUGGGUGCGCCGGUGGUGAUGGCUCCUCCGACGCCGGGAACUCCCGGAGGACCGUUGAUCAGCACGGGGAUGAGAGUGGAUUCGAUGUCGUUCGAUCAUAGGAAACCGGUGCCUCGAUGCAAAUGCUUGCCGGUGAUGGGACAAACUUGGGGUCACUCAGACACGUGCUUCACCGAUUUUACCUCUUCUGAUGUCUCCCUAACUCGCAAGCUUGGAGCCGAGUUCGUGGGAACGUUCAUAUUGAUAUUCACCGCGACGGCGGGUCCAAUCGUGGACCAGAAAUACGACGGAGCAGAAACCCUAAUCGGUAACGCGGCGUGCGCAGGACUCGCAGUGAUGAUCAUAAUACUCUCAACGGGUCACAUCUCAGGGGCUCACCUAAACCCGUCACUGACCAUAGCCUUCGCAGCUCUAAGGCAUUUCCCUUGGGCUCACGUACCAGCUUACAUAGCGGCUCAAGUCUCAGCUUCUAUUUGUGCUUCAUUCGCACUCAAAGGAGUUUUUCAUCCGUUCAUGUCGGGAGGUGUCACUGUUCCAUCGGUUAAUGUUGGACAAGCCUUUGCUCUUGAGUUUAUCAUCACUUUCAUUCUCCUCUUCGUUGUCACUGCCGUCGCCACGGACACUCGUGCCGUUGGAGAAUUGGCAGGUAUAGCAGUUGGAGCCACUGUCAUGCUCAACAUUCUUGUCGCAGGGCCAUCGACUGGUGCAUCUAUGAAUCCGGUGAGGACUCUAGGACCAGCCGUUGCAUCAGGAAACUACAGAUCAAUUUGGGUUUAUCUGGUGGCUCCUACACUAGGUGCCAUAGCCGGUGCAGCCGUCUACACAGGUGUCAAGCUUAACGACAGUGAGACCGACCCGCCUCGUCAGGUUAGGAGCUUCCGUCGUUAA